AUGGCUGAACUCGAUAAAAUCGAAUGCAAAACGUGUGGGAAACGUUUCAACAAAAAUUGGAAGCUAGUUGAGCACGAAAUGUCACAUACUGGAGAGCGUCCAUUUUUGUGUGAUUACGAAGAUUGUGGCAAGACUUUCAUCAGAGAGUUUCAUCUUAAGCGACACAAGAUAAGUCACACUGGAGUCAAGUCUUUUKCAUGCAAAUAUCCUGGGUGUUCUAAAACAUUUUCAGUAAAACAUAAUCUUGUAAGGCAUGAAAAUAGAGCACAUGAUAAACCAUUCAAGUGUAAGUUUGAGGGUUGCAGAGAAUCAUUUGCGAAAAAUAGUCAAUURUGGAAACAUGAAUGUGCUCAUGAAGACAAACUACCUUUUUUAUGUGAUGCCAAGGGAUGUCAGAAGGGGUUCAAGACACAAGCACGAUUAAACAGACACAAGAARUCACAUAAUUUAGGAUUCAUUUGUUCUGCUGCAGAUUGCAAUGAAAGAUUUGCAACAUUUCAUCAACUAAAACAACACAUGAUUUCACAUGGUUUCAAAUGUCCUUCUUGUCAUUGGACCUUCGAUUAUAAAUGGGAGCUGAGAAAGCAUUUGGUAACUCNGAAUCAAAAUAUCAAUAACAACCAGUGCUGUAAUAACAUAAAUAUUAAUAAUAAGGAAUAUUCAUUUGCUUUAAGAUGUGAUGCCAAGGGAUGUCAGAAGGGGUUCAAGACACAAGCACGAUUAAACAGACACAAGAAGUCACAUAAUUUAGGAUUCAUUUGUUCUGCUGCAGAUUGCAAUGAAAGAUUUGCAACAUUUCAUCAACUAAAACAACACAUGAUUUCACAUGGUUUCAAAUGUCCUUCUUGUCAUUGGACCUUCGAUUAUAAAUGGGAGCUGAGAAAGCAUUUGGUAACUCACAAUACAGAAAGAGAACUCUACAAAUGUGAACACUGUGGCAAAAUCUACACAAAGAUGUAUAACUUGAAAGUGCAUAUUGAAGUCAAUCACAAUUCUGUCAAGUCAUAUUGUUGCAGUUAUGAAAAUUGUGACAAAGUGUUUGCAUACAGGAGAUCACUGAACAGGCAUUUGGAGAGUCACAAAAAGAAAGGAGGUUUCAAGGAUCUUACAAAAUUAGUCAGGUCUUAUACCUGCCCUGUUGAAGAAUGUGGAAARGCAUUUGUACAUCAGAGAUCUAUACAUAGACAUAUCCAAAGUAUACAUCCAGAAUUGAAUUYAAAGGAAGAAGAGAAGAAAAAGAAAAAGUUGAAGAAGAAGAAGCACAAAAGGUCAAAACAAAGCAAAGAGCUUACAAAGAAAGAAACACUUAAAUUACUUAAUAAUAUCCGAGGUGGACCCUUGAUUGCUAAUACUUCAAGUAAAAACGAUAAUAGUAAAAAUGCAGAAAGAGGAAAUGAUGGCAAUAAGGGAAGUAAGGAACAUGGCAAGAGCUGUGAUGUUGAUGGUCUCAACAAGAGCAUUUCCACUGCUUCUGCUAAUACUUCAAAUUCAUUUACUACUGCCAAACAUGAUAAUCUAAGUAGCAGCACACAUCAGAGUCAUACUGCAGAUAAGGGCAUAGAGAGAAGUAUGCAGCUCGAGGCCUGUGAUGAUGAUKCUGAAAGUACUAAUGAUGACAUUAUAAAUGUACAUAGUGAAGAUCAACAUGUCAGUGACAAUAGUAUGCAAAAUGAUUCCAGUAGCGAUGAUGAUGAUGAUGAUGGCAGUGAAAAUGCACAUGAAACAUAUGAUGAUGAUGAUGACAAUGAUGAAAGUAUGAGUCAUGAUUCCAGUGAUGAUAAUGAUAACAAUGUAUAUAAAGAAAUAACCGAUGGAAGUAUUGGUCAUAAUGUGUGCACUGAUGAUAGCCAAACUAUACGACAUGAWGCUAGUAGCAAUAUUGAUAACCAAAAUAUUCAUGAUGAACAAAGCAGCGAUGAUGACAAUAAUGAGCCUAAUAUGUCUGAUGACAGUGAUAGGAGUAUAAACCAUAAUACCAUAGUCAAAGAUGUUUAUGGCAAAACUAAUCACAAUUCCUACACUAGUGACAAUGACAAGUCUGUACAUGCCAGUGACAAUGAUAACAGCAGGAAUAUCCAACAAAACACCUUGAAUAAUAAAGAUAUGCAGCAUAUCURCGAUGAUGAUAAAAACGAGAAUAAAACAUCAUCUCAGGACGAUUCUAAACAGAUCCUUGUAGACGGAGAAAGGGACAACAGCAAUGACAAAAUUGAGACCCAUAACGAGGAGGGUGCACAAGAAACUAAUAUUUUUCAAAAUAACAACAGUUUACAACCCAGUAAUGAAGACAAGUUCAGUAGAGAUUUAAAUAAUGCUGCUUAUCAAGAAGAACAGCUUGAAACAGGCAAAAAUAUUGAAAUAAUUACAAAUGACAAAGGUGUUAUGAUAAUGGUUAUUGAAGAAGAUGACUAGCCUAUAUACUAGCAGGUUAUUUCUUAUGCUUUUUAACAUAGUAGAAGAAAAUGUAAUUUAUAAAAUGUAGAAUUUGUUUUUGACACAAACUCUGUUCAUCCUACACCUGAUUUAGUCUAAUUGUAUUUGAUUUAUACUCUUGUUAAAAA